AUGGAAACUCUUAGCCCCUCAGGCGAGGGUAUAUUGAUUCUGGAUGACGAGAUUUCAAAUCCCCCAUGCAAGGCAUUGGACCUAUCGGGAGGAACUUCUAUCAAUCCCUCAAACAAGACUUUUAGUAUCUUAGGUGAGGUUAUAUUGAGUCUGGCUAUUGAGACCUCAAGUCCCUCAGGCGAGGUUAUAUUGAGCCUGCCUGAUGAGACUUUAAGCCCCUCUGGUGAGGCGUUGGAUCUCUUGGGUGAUACUUCUAUCAAUCCCUCGAACAAGACUUUAGUGGCCUUUGCUGCCUCUGAUUCCCAAUCUUCUCUUUUCCAAUCACACUCUUUGUCAUUUUCUCAACUAAAUUGUGGCUCUCUCAUAUUCAAUUACCCUUUUCGGUUCUUUUAA